GGUUGAGCUAAGCACUUCUGACUUCUCUAUGCAUGUAACCCUAUCACUCCCCUUCCCUACUCCAUGACUCUCUCCCUCUUUGCUCUGUUCUGCAAUCAUCAAAUACUCACCACGCAAACCCUAUAAACCCAAAGUUCGAUCGUUAGGGUUUAAAUCAACCCCAUCGAAAUUCUCAUAUUCUUAAUUUUUUCAACUUCAAAAUUGUGAUAAAGAAAUAGAAGAAAUGGAUUUGGACGAAGACGAUUUCGUGUUCUUCGGAACACCGAUAGAGCGCGAGGAAGAGAUCACAAGCCGAAAGAAGAAAGCCGUGGCCGAAGCCUCCGGUCAACUCCGAACCCUCCCUGUUUGGAAACAAGAGGUUACAGAUGAAGAAGGGAGGAGAAGAUUUCAUGGAGCAUUUACUGGAGGUUUUUCUGCUGGUUAUUAUAAUACUGUGGGAUCGAAAGAGGGGUGGGCUCCACAGAAGUUUGUAUCAUCCCGUAAGAAUAGAGCUGAAGUCAAGCAACAAAGCAUUUUGAACUUUUUAGAUGAAGAUGAGAGAGCUGAUUUGGAAGGUCAAUCUUUGGGGACAUCAAUGCAGUUUGAUACAUUUGGAUUUACAGCGGGAGAACUUGCUCGUAAACAAGCUGAGAAGGAACAACAGCAAAGGCCAUCAGCGAUUCCUGGACCUAUCCCUGACGAAUUAGUUCUUCCAGCCACAGAGUCUAUUGGUGUAAAAUUGCUGCUGAAGAUGGGAUGGCGACAUGGUCACUCUAUUAAGGAUUCACGCCCUAAUUCACUAUAUGAUGCUCGUAGAGAAGCUCGUAAGGCUUUCUUGGCAUUUUCUUCUGAUGAUGCAAAAGCACAGCUAGCUGAGUCUGAGUCUGUUCAGGGCAACCUUGAAAGUAUUACUGAGCAGCCUACUAAUGAUGAUGUCCAGUCUUAUCAAAGUACACCUGUUUAUGUGCGCAAUCCAAAGCAGGACUUGUAUGGUUUAGGUUUUGAUCCUUAUAAGCAUGCUCCCGAGUUUAGGGAAAAGAAAAGAUCACGCAUGUCUGGGAAAAGGGAGACGGGAAAUAGAAAAGCGUACUCAACGAAAGAUAACCUUUUUGGUUUCAAGUCAGGAAAUGUUGCUCCUGGUUUUGGCAUUGGAGCACUUGAAGAAUUUGAUGCUGAAGAUGAGGAUGUCUAUGCUGCUGGUUUUGACUUUGUGGAUACUUAUGUUCAAGAAGUUGAAGAGCCAUCAAGGUUGAUGACAGACAGUAAACCAAAGUUGCUUGCAAAGGAAACAGGUGUUCUGCCUGGCUUUAGAGUUGCAUCAAAUUCUGACUACCAGUUGGAACGGUUUGAUCCUCCUGUGAUUCCAAAAGAUUUUGUACCCUGCCACAAAUUUCCUGGUCCUCUUGAGACAAACUACAGGCUUGCUGAUUCUCCUCCACCAGAGGUCCCUCCUCCAGAGGAUAAUAAUCUGAAACUCUUAAUUGAAGGGGUUGCAACUUUAGUAGCUCGAUGUGGUAAAUUAUAUGAGGAUCUCUCCAAAGAAAAGAAUCAGUCGAAUCCAUUAUUUAAUUUUCUUACUGGAGGAAAUGGCCAUGAUUAUUAUGCAAGGAAGCUGUGGGAGGAGCGACAGAAGCGUACCGAUCAAAGCAGGCAGCAAGUGGAUGUGAAGCUGUCUUCAAGUAUGCGGAAGAUGACAGCAGAGAGCCGUGGUAAAAUCUUAGGGGAAAGGCCUUUGGAAAGAAGCAUUAAAGAUUUGAGUUCAUCUGUUGCUUCUGCAGAAGGCAUUCAACUCCAAUUCAAUCUUUCAGAUACAUUUACUGAACCUGCAUCAUCUAGUGGGUUGCAUGAAGCUGUGAAGCCUUUCAAAGAUGAUCCUGCAAAGCAAGAAAGAUUUGAGCGGUUUCUCAAGGAAAAGUACCAAGGAGGGCUUCGCUCUACAGAUUCUAGUGGAUCUAGUAAUAUGUCUGAAGCAUCACGUGCUCGUGAGAGAUUAGACUUUGAGGCCGCAGCUGAAGCAAUACAGAAAGGACAGUGGGGUAAAGAAAGCAAGCACUUUUCAGCAACUGGAGGAAUGCAGUUCACUUCUGGCGGAGUAGAGCAAGCUAAAGGUACUGAAGCUGAAGAUCUGAUUACGAAGAAAAUGUUUCCGAAACGAGAAGAAUUUCAAUGGCGUCCUGCACCUGUCCUGUGCAAGCGCUUUGAUCUCAUUGAUCCUUAUAUGGGGAAGCCAGCACCAGCUCCACGGAUGAGGAGCAAGAUUGAUACUCUUAUUUUUACAUCAGAUUCGGCCAAAGAAACAAAAGUGGAAGAGACUAUAAUUGCAAAUAGAGACUUCUCCAUGCUUCAAUCUGAUGUUCAAGGAAUAAGCCAAGAUGUGGCUAACAAGGAAAAUGAAGUUGAGGUAGAAGUCGAAAAUGUUGAGAGGCCAGUUGACCUGUACAAGGCUAUUUUCUCUGAUGAUUCAGAUGAUGAAGGGGAAACCACCAGUCUUAACAAAGUUGAAAAUCCAGAAAAAAAGAUUGAAGCGGCUACUACAACAUUAAACCGUUUAAUUGCAGGUGACUUUUUGGAAUCCUUGGGUAAAGAACUAGGCUUAGAGGUUCCCCCUGAUCUGCCCCAGUCAACAAAUAUGGCCAAGACCUCUGCUUCACAAAAAGAAGCUGCUAAUACCAAUGUGGGAGAUUCCAAUAUCCUUCCUGUUAAAAAUAACCCUUCUUCCACCGUUUUUAGUGAGACUUUAAAUCAUGAGGUGCCUCACAACCGGAAGAUUGCUAUAGAGGGCAGGUCUGAGAAGAAUGAAGUCAUUCAUGGUAAGUUGGCCAAAAGUGUUGGCAUAUAUAUGGAAACUGGUUCUACUGAGAAUAACCUUGAUAAAGUUGAUUUAGAAAAGAGGGUCCAUGAGGAUAGCAAAGCUAAAACACCCUCAAGCCGUCACAAAAAUUGGAACAGCAAUUCAUCAUCAGAAGAUGAAAGGAGCAGAAAGCAGUCUAGGCGACAUCGGCGUAGAAGUGGUGAUUCAGAUAGUGAUUCAUCCAGUGAUCAUCGAGAUCGUUACCGUUCUAGGUCAAAAGGGAGAAAGAAAGAAUCCUCUCGAGAGAAAAGUGGUAGCAGCAGAAGACACUCAAAACAUCAUAAGCAUAGAAGCAGGGAUUCUCCGGGCAGAUCUCGAUAUGAUAGUGAUAGAGAACAUAGAGAAGCUAAGAGAGAGAAACGGAAAAAGAGGGAUUGACAUGAAGCUUCUGUUUCCUUACAUUCAGAAUCAUACUAUCUGUGGAAAAAUAUCAGAUUAGAAAUUUGCAUAGAAAAAGCAGUAAAUUGGAAAGUCAUUCUGAAUAGAGUUUUGUACAAUAGCUUUGAGAGCAGCCUGCCAUAUCCUGUAGCUAAGUUGAUGGGGAUGCUUUGUAAUAUUGCACUGCUUCUGAAGCUUCGCUUUGAAAUCAAAAUUUUGUUGCUGAAUUGAGAUACAAGCUUCAUAAUUAUGUUGUCCGAACAUUGCAUGAAAUUUGUUUACACUUUAGUGCGAAGAUUGAUCUUUUUGAAACACCAUUGUACAAUUUACCUAUCAAUAGAUUUACUUGCUUCGAGAGGUCA